AUGGCGUCCUCUUCCAAAGUUGUAGAUUCAAAGCGCCCCAAUUCUAAGGACCCUGACCCCGAUGACAUGGAUCAAGAUUCUGACCCUUUGGAAGGACGCGAAGACAGUAUGAAAUGGAUCAAGAAGCAAAUUACAAAACAAGUUGCCAUGUUCGGAGGCAAAUUCGGCACCAACAGGACCUUUCCUUGGAAGCUCAUGCCGAAUGCACUUGCAGACGACAAUGUGUGCAUCAAGGGUUACCCUGCACACAAAUGUCUCCUGCCAGGCGAGUCAUGCAGGAUUACCUCAAGUGCAAAGAGCAAGGGUGUUGCUGGUUUGACACAGAAGGAGGUCACCAUCCUCGUCGAAGCUUUAAAAGCAAAGUCCAUGAAUGAGUGGCCCGUAAUUUUCGGUGAAGCUCCUCCAUUGGACUACCCUCAUGCACAUGCUCGAUGUCUUUUCGUCGAUGAACAUAUCAACUACAAUGGUCCCCCUUGCAUCAAGUCUAGUACAGCAACUACGAAAAUCAAGAAAUCUACGACUUCAGUAGGGAAAUCUGGUAUGCAUCUGGAGGUAGUACCUCCCCCAUCACGGCCGUUUAAGGUUGUUGCCCGGCCGCCACCUCACAAGGUGAUCGACGUUCAAUCCACUUCCCCCGAUUCUCAAGACGCAAAUGACCAACACCAAGAGGACUCUGAGUCGGAGUAUGAGGACGCGUCUCACGGAAAGAGGAAGAAGAGGAAGUCCAGUGGUGAGCUGCAUGCAUCAAAAAAGCGCACUUCACCUGUAGACAUUCUCCCCAAAGCAGGGAGGACGGGCGUGCAAUCAAAGGAGACACCAGUGCUGUCACAAUCACCAACAAAAGGAGGUCCAUUAUCCCCAUUGACAGUAGAGUCAUCCGGCGAUGAUCAAGACCUCCUUGCAACUACUACUAUGCACCUUCAUGACGGCCCUUCUGAGCAACCUGCAAACACCAAAGCUCGUGUCAAAGCACAUCCGGUUGUGAAGGGCUCUCAUUGGAAGCCAAAGCCGAUGUCUCGUUAUGGCUGCACCCUUCGUACCAUAUACUCUGACGCCGACUCUGACACUAUUGACGACAGGAUCGAACCCAAGUCCCAAAAACUCGAACCCAAGUCUCAAAAACUCUCUCCAAGGAGCGCAGACAACUCUGCCACAAGUUCUGCAGAUGUGCCUGCAGAUACUACUGAGGUGGCAGCCACACCACUGUCACAGCCAAAUAUUGAGGUGAACGGUGCACUCCUGCAGUCUCCACCAACUUCAGACACAGUUCAAUGCGAUGUUGCCAGCGAUAUUGGCCAAGUUCUGGGGCAAACGGACACAUCUUUUCCCACAGAGCUUCCUCAGGCUGUGCCUCAUGGAGGAGCAGAAGGAGCGGGAGGCAUGGGAGGAGCAGUGGUAGCAGGAGGUGGUGAUGUAGGAGGAGGAGCGGUGGUAGCAGGAGGUGGUGAUGUAGGAGGAGUUCAAUUUGGAGGAGGAGGAGCACCACUGGAGCCCCACAACCUCCCCAUGAACACUGAUUGCCAAUCUGAGGAGUCCAUGCGCUGUCAAGAGCAUCUCCAUCAUGAGAUCCGUGAUCCUCGUAUGCCUAGUCGUGGUACUCAUGACGCAUCCUAUCCAAUGCAGGAUUACCAACGCUGA